AUGGAAGCGAGAAGUGCAAUGCACAUACUCAAUGCUCCAAGCACAAAAAGUUUGAAGUAUGCAAUCCGAUCUGGUCUCAUCAAGAACUGUCCUAUCACUGAAGAAGCGAUCAAUCAUGCCAAAGCAAUCUUUGGACCUGAUGCAUCUACAUUGAAAGGCAAGUCAACUAGACCAACUCGGAAGAAGACGUACAAUGACUUCUUCAGUCCACCAGAGGAAUUGUAUCAAAAUAAUCGAUCAAUUACCGUCUGUAUUGAUCAUAUGGAGAUCGGAGAUGCUAACAAGGCAAGCUUUCAAGUCAAGACGGUCAAGUGUGAUCGGGCAUUCAUUCCUCUAACAAAUGUUAUGCUAGACGAUAUGGGUGUUACUAUUGAUCCGGCUGCAGCUGGAGACCACGAGCCUACCGCUGAGCAAAACAAUCGGACGCUGAAACAAAGAGUUAGAGUAGCUCUUGCACGAUUGCCCUACAAAGUGGUCCCAAAGGUGAUCACUGAAUGUCUUGGACGUCACACCGCCAAGCUAUUGAAUGUCUUUCCCCAGAAAGACAGUAUCUCAUCACAUUUCAGUCCACAGCAACUCAUUGAUAAUGUCAAUAUCAACUACAAGAGUGACAUGGUUGCUGAACUUGGACAAUAUGUUCAUGCAAUUGGGACGGAUUCCACCAAUUUGAUGGAACUACAAAGUAUCAAAGCAAUUGACAUUGAACCUACAAAGGGACAACGUACUGGGCACCGCAUGCUCAACCUCAAUGCUAAGAAGAUGAUUUCCCGACCCAAGGUUGUCAUACUACCCGUUACCGACCAAGUAAUCCAACAUGUUGAAGCUUGGGCUGCUGCCAAGGGGGAGUGGAUGAUUUCCCGACCCAAGGUCGUUGUACUACCCGUUACCGAUCAAGUAAUCCAGCGUGUUGAAGCUUGGGCUGCUACCAAAGGUGUUACUUCCAUGAAGUUCUUUGAGAAGAAGAGAGAUUUGGAGACAUUUCAAGAUGGCAAUCAAAUUGCAGGAGUGGAUGACACGGAACAAGGUUACUUAGAAGAAGCCUUUGAUCAGGACUAUGAACCUGAAGAUGAAGAUGAACGUGAUUUCAAUCUACGUGGACAACUCGAUGAUAUCGAUGACUCCGAAAGAGAAGAGCUCUUGGCAGAUGCAGACAAUGAUGUCAAUGAUAUGCCAGAACUCACUGUCAGAUUCUGUGGAGAUGAUGACUAUGAAUCAGAUGACGACGAUUUGGGUGAUGAAGGCAAUGAAGAGGAAGAACCUAUUGUGGCCAAUUUGGAUCACCAUCAAGAAAAUGUCGAUAGGGGAGCUGAUGAUAUUGGGAGCCUUGUUGCUGAUCUGGAGGACCUACAAGAACCGCCAGAAGAAGAGAUUGUAUUUGAGCCUGAAACGCCUCAAGUAGCAAAAGUCACUCAAUCUGGGCAAACGUAUGCGCAUGCUGCAAUGUCUGGGCUGAACCUUUCUCAAGUUCCAAAGAAACCAAGAGAAUGGCCUUCAAGCAGGAGUGGCAGUUCUGCCAAUAAGAACAAGAAUCAAGUUGUGACAAGACGCAAGCAUUGA